GAAAAGAGAGAGAUGUUGUCCUGCAAACAAAAUCUGGGGCAUUUCAGUUUGUGACCGAACUGAACCCUUCCUUUUUAGGCUUGCAAUACCCACUACUAUUUCCUUACGGUCAAGAUGGCUUCAGAGAAGACGUUCUGUUGACGCGUGCAAUAGAGGAUAGCAAUUAUAACGGAGGGAGAAAAUUUGCCACAAUGAAAGAUUUUUUUUCAUACAGGUUGCAGGAACGCAAAGGUGAAACCCCAUAUCUAUUGAGAUGUCGAAGGUUGUUUCAGCAGUUUGUGGUUGAUGGAUAUACAAUGAUCGAGUCAUAUUGAUUGCAAUUCAUAAGAUUCCAUCAGAAAGAGAUUCGAAGUGAAUUGUACAGCGGUUUAGCAGAUGCUGUUGUUCGAGGGGAAACAAGUGCAUCUAGGACGGGCCAACUUAUUGUUCUUCCUCCUACGUUCAUUGGUAGUGCGCGUUACAUGAUGCAAAAUUACCAAGACGCUAUGACUAUAUGCCGAUGGGCAGGGUAUCCACAACUUUUUAUCACAUUCACUUGCAACCCGAGAUGGCCAGAAAUUAUUCGCUUCGUUGAGCAAAGAGGGCUCCAUCCAAACGAUCGCCCCGACAUCCUUUGUAGGAUCUUUAAAAUGAAGUUGGAUUUGCUCAUUAAAGAUCUAAAACAAAAUAAGUUGUUUGGGGACGUCAAAGCAGUUGUAUAUACUGUGGAAUUUCAGAAGCGUGGUUUGCCACAUGCCCACAUAGUUUUGUGGCUGUCUCAAACGAAAGGAAUUAUGUGUGCCUCAGACGUUGACAAAAUCAUUUCUGCUGAGAUUCCAGAUGAGUGUUCAGACCCUGCUCAUUAAUAUGCGGUCAAAGAAUUUAUGAUCCAUGGACCUUGCGGCCAUCUUAACAAGUCUUCGCCGUGUAUGGAUAAAGGUAAAUGCACGAAGCAUUUUCCAAAGAAGUUCAACGAGCGCACUAAAAUGGAUAAAAGUGGAUAUCCUAUAUACAGACGGAGGAGGAAUGAAAGACAUAUCGUGAAGAAUGAUUGUCAUCUAGACAAUAGAUA